AUGGCUGCUCACAACCGUGUCUGUAGUGGUGUGAGGCGUAGGAUUGGUGAAGGGAAAUCAACAUUAAUCUGGGGUUACCCCUGGCUCCCUGAUGACCCAAGUCCAAUGGUUCAGACCCCAAUGCCUGCCAACCUUAAUGGUUCCCUUGUUUCUGGUUUGAUUGAUGAAGAAAGGAAGGCAUGGGAUCUCUAUAUUUUAUCUGAUAUUUUUACCCCUGCGGAUGUGGAACGCAUUUCAAGGAUCCCUAUUUCACCCAGGUAUGAAGACUCUUGGUAUUGGUUUGGUGACCCAAGAGGGUGUUAUUCUGUUGAGAGUGGUUAUAGGUCCAUAAUUGGUGACUAUGCUAGCCUCCCUAAUACUUUUGAUAACUGGAACCUCAUGUGGAAGCUUAAAGUUCCCCCAAAGUGGAAGAUGUUUCUUUGGGGGGCCCUUACUAAUGUUCUUCCUGUGACUAUGAAUUUGCUUUUAAAGAAGGUAGAGGUUGAUCCUACAUGUCCAAUGUGUGGUCUUAUUCAUGAAGAUACAAUGCAUGCACUUGUAUUGUGUGACUAUGUUCAACUAGUUUGGAAUGAGUCUCAUUUAUCUACCCCUACCUUGGUUGACACUACUUUUAAUUUAUGGUUUGUAAAUGUGUUGACCGCUAUGUCUGAAGAGGAUGUUUGCUUGGCUGUGGCAGUACUCUAUCAUCUCUGGCGUGCCCGGAACAAUGCGGUAUGGGAUGGCUUUCUUCCUGCCCCGAGAAGAGUAAUGGUGUCAGCAGCAUCCACGUUGCAUGCAUGGCGGGCUGCAAACUAUGGCCAGCUGCUGCCACUACAUCAGACCGAGACGGGCAGCACGCCUACCACAGGCCAGCAUGGUCAGCAGCCGACACUCAUGCUGCCAAGGUGUUUGUUCGAUGCGGGCUACCAUCUUGGUAUGCUCAAAGCGUCCUUCGGAGCAGUGUUGUUGGUGGAGGACGGAGGUUUCUUGGCAGCUUGUGCAGGACCACUACCCGACUGUUUCUCUCCAUUCAUGGCGGAAGCAGCUGCAUGUUGGUUCUCCUCUUCUUCACUGACCAGGAUAUUCUCCCUAAUUAUAGAUGUGUUUUUCGAUGCUGAUGAUCUCCCUUCUUCCGAUGAUGAUGAGGAGUAUUUACCAGAUGAUAAUGACCUUACUACCUCUUUUAAAAAUUUCCCUCAUAUUCCUUAUACUCAUGGCCCCUCGCCUUCAAAUUUACAAGUGCCAAAAACUCGUCAAAAAAGGAAGAGGCGCGUGGCCCCCCAUUCCCCCCUUGAUAAUUCUCCUAUAGCGUUAAUACGACCUCAAUUAGAUCCCCAAGAUUUGAAGGAUACCCAAGGUGUUGUUGGUCCUAACAUUCUCACUCUCAAUUCCGAUCUUGACGCCAAUAUUAUGAAUCAUCCUAGAGACACAUAUUUUGGAGUUCAUAUUUUAUCCAUGCAGCUAGGGCUUAGGUUUCCUCUCCAUAGUUUCCUUAUAGAGUUUCUGAAUUAUUACGAGAUAGUCCCAGGUCAACUUGUUCUGAAUGGCUACCAGGCAAUUGUUGGUUUUCUUUCUUGUCAUGUCUUCGAGAUCAGACCGAUAUUUGUCGCGGCUUGCACAAAAUCCUCCGAUCUUUGA